CCUUUUCAAUUCCGCAGGAAAUUUCUGCCGCGGAUGUUGGGCAAAUCACAUUUCGACGUUUCGUCUCACAGAAUCGAUUUGUCACGGAUCACGCGGUGUAUGCUGUUCAACGCAUUAUCGAAGAGGCCUGCUGCACCGCCUUUUACGAGGAGAAGGAACCACUCAUUGGGUGGCAAAGUUUAGACAAGCUGUUUGAGGUUCUUCUGCAGGUGUUUAAAAAAACAGGUGAUGAGAGCAUCGUUGUGGGUCCAUCGAUGUUCGUUGCGCAGAACGGAGAAGGGGGAGAGGCUUCAAACGUGGCCGCCGUCACCGCAGUGGACGCGGCUGUUGCCAUGGCGGAUAGUGGUGCACGUGGUGGUGGCGAAAGUGGUGGUCGACCCGGUGUCUCUCGCGGAAGUAACGUCGGCGGCUCCAGCAACACGAAUGCCGCGGGCGGUGGCGGUGAACGGCAAGCGGAAGGAAAGUGGCUGCUGGCCUUGCAAGAGGCGAGUCGUCACUUAUGCCCCAACGCAAUUUUGCUUCUUCUGCAAUUUGUCCACCACGCAACGAGAGGUCAUCUGAAGAGUCUCAAUGUGGGGGGAAAGAGCAUCGCGGGGACUUUUCUCGUCGUCGCCUCAAACGCCUCCAUUGACGCCACCACACGUAUCGCACUGCUCCGGUGUCUCCCAUUGCUGCAGUGUGCAUCUCAAAAGGCCGCCUCCUUCAUACGUGACACGCGGUGUAGCGUGCCACUACUGGCACAUGCUGCGAAGAGCAUCCCUGUCCUGGAGGAGUCCCGUGAGGACGAGGUGAUGAAGGUCCUCUUCAACCUCUGCGAGGAUGAACGCAUGGCGGCGGCGCUGGCCGCAUCUGACGCAUUUCUCAGCAUAGCCGUAGAUCGAGCAGACCUCGCGGUGGAGCGACAUCGUUGGACGGAGGUGGUGCACGCGAUCCGCUUCAUUGAGAUCCUGCUGGCGUACUCGGUGGAUUCCUCGCGCGUCGUGGAGUCGCGUGGCCUUCUGCAGCUCCUCCUCCGGUUGUCCGAUGGCGAAAGUUUCCCUAGCAGCGUUAACAGCGCGGCGCAGCGGCUGCUCAAUAGUGUGCAGGUUCAAACCAAUGUACUAUAG